CCCACCCCCUAUAGGGGGGUGGGCCUAGUGCUUGUAGUCUUACGAGAAUCUUCCCCUCUUACACUUCCUAUUUACUUCUACGCAAAAAUCGUCAUAUUGCGUCAUCUUUAACAGGAAGUGUUGGAGAUCGAUACGGAUCUCUCCAGUCUCCAUAAAAUAAGGGAAUGAUGCACGACAAUUCAAAAAUAUGGGUGGGUUAUUAACGAUACAAAGCUUAAUGGAAAUGGGUGAAGUUUCCCUUAAGAUCCAAAAAAAAAAGCGGAAGAGUGCGCAGAAGACAACUACGCAGGUUUGUGCGCAGAUGGUAAGUGCGCAGAAGAGCAGAAUUUGGACAUGCUUGGUGAGGGACAUUCGCGUUGUCUCCAAAAAGUAAAAGCAUAUAUUUCGUUUAUUUUAUACUAAUCACGUUUACGGACUGAAGCACAUGCUAAAGUUUUUUUCCAAGCCUGCUUCCACAGGCCUCACGUGGAGGUACAGGCGGAAGAACACAUUCCUGAUCAACACAGCCUGAAGGAUGGCUUCAAAGAUCUACUACACCGGAGAGGGUGGUGUACGCUUCAAGAAAAGGAAAGCACGGUUCAGUUUCAGUGAAGUACACAUCAUGUUGGAUGAAGUGAAAAAACAUCACCAUAUACUUGUUGGGAGACGUAAUCAUAGCGUGCACAGCAACCUGAGAAAGCGCACGUGGGCUACAGUAACCGCGGCCGUCAAUGAGAUCGGCGAGUGCCAGCGCGAGGUCAUCGAGGUGGUCAAGAAGUGGUCGGACCUCAAGUGCGACACCCGCAGGAAGCUGAUGGCCAUGCGUACCUCGAGCCCGGGCAACCAAAGCCUCGGCUUCCGCAGAACCCGGGACCUGAGCGCCACGGAGAAAAUUGUGCACCAGAUCCUACAGAUGGACCACAAGAACCCGAGAAGCCUGGAGGAACACAGUCCAGUGGGCGAGGAGGGGCUGGACGGGCUGGAUGAUCGGGGGGAGUCUUCUCUCAUGGGAGACGAGGACUGGAACCCAGCUGGGACUCCCCCUGACUUAGACGUGCGGCCUCCUAUUGCCUCGUACUUGCUGGACACGCGUGCCAUCCGAAACCUUCAAGAAGAUCCAUCGGUCGCCGCAUACUCGAAAGCGCCGUCGCCAGACCACUUCCGCCGUCCGCCCCCACCGCAAGCCACGUUGGCCCCCCUCUCUUCCUUAGCGGCGGUGGCGCCGUCGCCCUCGGCGUCCUCCUCUUCCUUCUCGGCCGUCCUGCCCGAGACGCCGGCCCCCCCAAUGGACGCGCAGGGCUCCAUGCUGCAGAGUGCGGCGCUCAGCCUGCAGGAGCAGCACACCGCCAACGUGCUGCUGGAGACGGUGUCGCGCUCCCUGGAGCUGCUGGCCGAGUCGCUGCAGCAGCUGGCCGAGAGCCAGCACUCGUUUGUGCGGCAGUCCCUGCAGCUGCAGCGCGAGACGGUGGACGUGCUGCGGAACUUUGCGGGCGGCGCCGUCGCCCUCAUGCACGACAAACUCAACGGAAAGCCGCCACUGUAGCGGACGCCGGGGGGGGGGGGGGCUGGGCGUUAAGGAACGACAAAAGGGCCACGCGGUUAAAGUGUUUUUAAUUUGCGGCCGUUGGACCCAAAUAGUCUGGUACUCAAGGCCGCAAAGACCGACGUCAAAAUCCAACGAUGACUUAGCAGGGCUCCAGACUAACUUUUUCCUUGGGUGCACUGGUGCGCCUACAUUUUUAAUUUGGGUGCACCAGCACGUAUUUAUGGCGGGGGGCGUUGGACCGUGCCUGCCUUGCGCCGAGUUGUUGACAGACGGACGGGCAACCGGGCAGCUGCACCGGUUGCACCGACAAUAAUUACGCCAUUGAUUAAUAAUAUUUUGACCAUUAAAUAAAUGCCUUAAAUAAAUGCUGAAUCUGUAUCUCUCAUAAAGAAUAUCGUCAGACAAUGCCAAGGGAUCGGUUCUGUCCCGAAAAACCCUCUGUCUCCGGAGAGACGCCUGUACGAUAAGUGCGCCGAGGUCCAUGGGAACACCCACAAAUGGUGACGCCAUUAUCGGAGGAGGGGCUAGGAAGCUGCGCAAGCCGAUAUAAGUAGCCGAUCUCCGGGUAGACUCGCUGAAAAGCUGCUCCCGACCAGGUUUGGUUGCGAGCGUAAGUUACCAUGGUGAUACAGCGACGCUUAAGGAGAUUUCAUGGUACAGCUAACCCAGGCUUUCAGCUCAACAUACCUCGCUAACCCUAUCGAGCUUCGUCGUACAGGCGCCUGGAUUGGGGUUCGCGGGUUUGUUUAACGGCGUUGCUAUUGUUACCGGUCUUGCGUGUUCCAACGGUUUAUUAGGUAUCUAAUAAAUCGCUGUCUAAUAAAUACUUCAUUCACUGCCUCUUCCGUGGCCAUUACAAUAUUAUGAAUAGACUGCUCUGUAAAAAAAUAAAUAAAAAAUAAUUAUACCAGAUACAUUUUCAGUCGCACCGGUGCGCCCAAAUAAGAUACUUGGUCGCACUACCCCGAAUUCUAGGCGCAUGUGCGCCCAAAUUAGGCGCACUCUGGAGCCCUGCUUAGUGGAAUCCCCUAACCGUACAGUUUAUACUGCUUCCAGAACCAUGGGAUGAGGAACUUUGAAUGAAUGUCCACCAGUGUUGAAUUUCCAACCUGUGGAAUAGUAAUGGAGGAGUAACUGUGUCUCACUGCUAGCUACGUUUCCCCAGACAUUAAUAUUUGUAGGGAUACAGAUGAGGUGUAUUUUUUAAUGCAAUCUGUCAAUGUGAGCAACGAUUGUUUGCUAUGUCGAGUGUUGGGAUUUUUUUUACACUUUAUAUACAUUCUUUCUGACUGUGACCAUUAUAUGGUCAGUAUUUUUGUGCAAGGCAGAUUUACGUGUGCAUUUCUAAGCAAGGCAGGAUUUUUAUGUGCUUUAUGGUGAGGGAUUUUUAAUGAUUCAAAACAAUGCUAUACCUUAAGUUGAAGGUUAAUAAUAAGGUCAAAAGGAUAUGAGGAACUAUAUCAUAUUUACAGAUGAUUAAACACUGAAGUCCAUUGUUUCAUUACAGUUUUGGAGUUCUGCACAUUGAGUUCUUUGACUUUUACACUUUCAUUGUUAAUUUCAACAAGCUAUUGAUUUGAAGUUCCUUGCAAACAAUAAAAUCCUGAUAGACCUCAA